CAUGUGGGCUGGAUCUAGAAGGUGAUUGGGCCGGAUUUGGCCCCCGGGCCUUAGCUUGCCUACCCAUGUGCUAGAGCAAUAGUUUCCUAGCAACCAAGGUGUUAGCUGGUGAAAGGACAUUUGGAUGAUCCAGGAAGAGACUUGCUACUACGGAAUAACGUCAUCUACACCAUUCUUCCACAUAUGAGCAAGCCUGGUAAGGAACAGGCCUAUUCAAAGAGAUUAGGGGCAGUAGAAAAUCCUGUUAGCAGCACAGAGUCAGUGGGAAAGGGAUCAUCCUUUAAUUGACAGCAUCUGCAAUGACACAAUUAACUUGACUGGCCUCUGGCUCCCGCAGAUUGGUCCUGAAGAUUGAGAACCCACUCCAUCUGCUUUUGGCAGUGGCGUGUGAAUGUUCAGUAUACUCUUUGUCCAAUGCUAGUAAGCCAUGAACGAGUCAUACAUGGAGCUUUGCCUGCAAAAGUGUGAAUGUGGCUACAUACACAUUAGCAUCUUGGACUGCAACGAGGUCAUUCCCAGCCCCACACUGCUGGACUUCAAGUCACAUUUGUACAUUGCGGUGCACACCAAAGAGAUGUCUUUGCCUGAUGCCCAUUACCUGAGUUGUUUCCCUGCAAAUACAGCACCCCCUGGGCUCCAGUUCACUGAAGUUGUCAUCUGAGCAUGUGCAACAACAGCUGUCCGAAAUGUAUACACCUCAUCUGAACUACAACUUCCAUUCUCAGAUGGGAUGGAAGCAGGUGUGAGGGAAAACACUUCAAACUGCAGUAUUUCUCAAGAAGCAACAGGAUAGAUAUGGAUUGUUGCCAAUGUCAUGUGUGCUCACCUUCAAACACCAGCAGUGGGAGUGUGCUAGAGUUAGGUGUCAACAGUAAUGUGUUGCUAGCUAAACUCUUUUCUGCUCCAGGGCAGAUGUUCUCUCAUUUGGGUGGUGCCUCGGGUUGGGCUGCUUUUCUCUCCUGGUUUUUAGAACAACUCAGCCUCCCUAAUCCAAUUUGUUUACUGUGUUAUCAGCUAAUCCCUUUCCCAGCUUCUCAGAGGGUUGCAUUGUAGCAGGAGAGCCAAGGACCUUGUUCUAACUAGCAGCGACAAUAGAUGACAAGGGUAGCCUGCAACUCUUGCUCCUAUACCUACCUGCCCUCGGAGAAAGAACCACCCCCGGCAUAAAAGACAACAGGACCAUGAUGGCAUCCAUAGCUCUUUAGCCUUUCUGCAGGUAGCAGGAUGCUGGGCUGGAUUGAGAAAGUCGUACCGCAACCUCCUGUCAGCUCCCCCAUCGCUGUAGUAGUGGGAAAAGACACACAGGCUGACCAAAUAGCUGUAGAAGCUGGGCCUGUAUCUGCAAGGCAGCUGACAGAAAGGAGUCCCAGGAGUGUUGCAGAAGGGUUCAAAGAAAAUGCUCGUGAUUCUGUCUCAACAACAGACAGCCCUGGCCGAGGAGUCCUCUCCUGGAUAUCUCAGGGCCUGGAGAAGGUGAUGCCACAGCCGGCACAGAACUCUCCUGUCAUGCUGCAAGAAGCUGCCAAGAGCUUUGAAGCCAGCAUUGAUAUUCCAGACGUGACAGAAGUCCAGAGCAUAGAGGAGGAGAAAGAGGAAGAGGAAGAAAUAGUGUCUGUGAUUGAUGAAGAAGAGGAGCAGAAUGAACUGUACUACAGCUCAGACAACAAUGCCCCAGAUAAAAUUGGUGGGAAAAAAAUGAUCACUUGGAUUUGGGAAGGAUUUGGGAAAAUGAUGCCUCAACCUGAAAACAUGAAAAAGACAGAGGUAAGGACCCCAGGAAACCAAGCUGCACAACGGGCACAGAAAGGGAGUUUACCUGCCAGCCCUCUCAGUGAACCAGGGACAAAGUACCGGGCCUCGACUGACAGCCUGUCCACUCGGAGCCUCUCUCUCUUUCCUCGAACACUUGGCGGUGAUGGGACCAGUGUUAUUGACUGGUUUGUUCAGGGACUGGAGAAAGUGAUGCCACAGCCUGUGACCAAAGGGAAGGAAGAUGGACAGAGUGCAGAAGCUGCAGACCUGGGCCCAGGGCAAGCCAGGAGCAAAGGGGCUUAAGUGCCUCUGAAACAAAGGGACACUGAAGAUUUGAAGACUUCCUUUUCCAAAAAAUGAAACCAAUCUGAAUUGGUGUGCAUAAUGCAUCAGGAAGAAAAGACUUUGCACGUUUUAUUUUAUUUUUUCUAAAUUAAAUAAAGGCUAGCUUUUAAAAGAGCAAUCUGAACAUGAGGUGGAGGUAGCCUUAUUGCUUAGCUGGUCAUGAAAGAAAAAGCAAUGUCCUAUGUAAAAAUCAUAGGAACAUAAAUUUGUAGAGUUGGAAGGGACCUGAGGGUCAUCUAAUCCAACCUCCUGCAAAGCCGCAAUCUCAACUAAAGCAUCCAUGACAGAUGGCCAUCCAAUGUCUGCUUAAAAACUUCCAAUGAAGGAGAGUCCACCACCUUCCGUGGGAGUCUGUUCCACGGUCAAACAGCUCUUACCGCCAGGAAGUUCUUCCUGAUGUUUAGUUGGAAUCCCCUUUCUUGCAACUUCAGUUCAUUGGUUUGGGUCCUACCAUCCGGAGCAGGAGAAAAUAAGCUUGCUUUAUGGGAGGGACCUGACAGUUUCCAGGUCCAGGACAACAUUC